GCAAGAGAGAGACCUGACUCUGUUAGAGAGAGAAAAACUCACUGUCAAAAUACACGGCUGAUUUCCGGCGACCGGCGACUCUAGCCCUUCUUAUUGGUGGUUUUAUCCAACGACUGGCAAAACUAAACCAAACCGACGGAAGUUUUAAGGUUACGCCAUUUUUUCCGGUGGCGUUUGUUUCGCACGGCGAGAGAGAUCGCUGUUUUUGCUACUUCCUCUGGAGAUUAUCUGGAGAGAGAUUUGGUGUUUCGAGUGCUUGAAUUUGUCUUUUGUUUUCUUCUUUACGGCCUGAAUUUAGAACUUACUAUGGUGGAGAUGGAGUGGCCCGGGAGUCUUGAUGAAUACUCCAAGCUUAUCAAUCGGAUGAACACUCCCAGGGUUGUGAUCGACAAUGCCGUUUGUGAAACUGCGACUCUGGUGAAGGUUGACAGUGCUAGAAGACAUGGGAUCCUCCUGGAAGCUGUCCAAGUGUUGACGGACUUGAACCUUUCAAUUCAGAAAGCUUACAUCUCCUCAGAUGGAAUAUGGUUCAUGGAUGUUUUUCAUGUGACUGACCUUGAUGGAAAUAAAUUAACCGACGAGGGCGUUAUUAGCUACCUUGAAGAGUCGCUUGCAACGAUUCGCUGUGGCAAACCUGCCGCCUCAAAUGACUUGACCGCCCUGGAGCUAACCGGGACAGACCGAGUCGGUCUUCUUUCUGAAGUAUUUGCAGUUUUGGCUGAACUUCAAUGCGAUGUUGUCGAGGCCAAAGUGUGGACUCACAAUGGCCGAAUAGCUUCCUUAAUAUACGUCAAGGACUGUAAUUCUGGUUCCCCUAUCAAAGACUCCCAGAAAAUAGACACCAUUGUUGGACGUUUGAGGAAUGUUCUGAAAGGAGACGAUGAUAUUCUUUAUGCCAAGACUUCGGUCGCGAUGACAGUCACUCAUACUGAAAGAAGGUUACACCAAAUGAUGUUUGCUGAUCGGGACUAUGAAAGGAAGCCUGUCCUUCAGCAUAGUGAGGAUUCACCUGUAGUGACAGUUCAGAAUUUGGUGGAAAGGGGUUACUCAGUUGUGAAUGUCCAAUGUAAAGAUCGAAUGAAGCUGUUAUUUGAUGUCGUUUGCACGAUGACUGACAUGGAUUAUGUAGUUUUCCACGGUACCGUUGCUACAACAAGUCAUAGAGCAUAUCUGGAAUUUUACAUCAGACACACUGAUGGAACUCCAAUUAGUUCUGAGGCUGAACGACAGCGUGUCAUCCAAUGCUUACAAGCUUCAGUAGAGAGAAGGACAUCACGGGGUGUGAGAUUGGAAUUACGCACAACCGACAGGCCAUGUCUCUUAGCAGAUGUUACCAGAACGUUUAGAGAGAAUGGUUUAAAUGUUACAAGAGCAGAAGUAUCCACUUCGGCAGACGUAGCUCUAAACCUCUUCUACGUAACCGAUGGACAUGGGAGUGCUGUAGAUACAAAAACCAUCGACUCUGUUCGGGAGAAAAUUGGGAUGAGUAGCUUGAAAGUAAAGGAAUUACCAUUGAUAUCUCAACAAAAGACAGAAGGGGAGGAGCAAGGUGCGGGUGUUGGUGGGGCUGUUUUGUUAUCUCUUGGGAGCAUAUUAAGAAGGAAUCUGUACAACUUGGGAUUGAUCAGGUCAUACUCGUAGAGGCAUAGAGCAUGAAAAGGAAAAGAAAAAACGAAAUGAGUUAUUGAAAGAUUUGUCCAUAUGUCUACUUUUCCCUUAGCAUAUUCUUUGCUUGAAGUUUGAGCAUAUAAUGUACAUAAAAGAAUCAACAUUUGAAGGAAAAGAAAGGGUGGGUACUUUGAUGAUAGUAAUUGUUUUAAGUUGGUUUGGUUGGUGGAAUUGUAUCUGGUGGAGAGAAGAGAGAAGAAAGUUAAAUGGGUAAAGAGUACUGUUUAUAGGUCUGCCUUCUGCUGGUAGCUAGCUGGAGGACCAAUGUUUGGUGAGAAGAUAUGGGUUGUAUACAGCUUAACACAUUGUACAUAACAGCCUUUUUUAAGUACUUGAAAUCAAUGUUGACUUUUCUCUC